AUAUCAAGUCGAGCCAAAUAUCGCCAAAGUCGUUCAUGCAUAUCAAUUAAACCCGAACCAGAAUAUCGUAACUCUCUUGUGAGAAAUAUCUGCGAAUUGAUUUCUUCUCUCGGAAUACCUGAGCACUUACAUAGAAGGAGGUACAAGAUUGAAACGGGAAUUUCCGUCAAUAUCUCAACCAUGCUCUUGGAAAUAUUGCUAAGCCUCUUUCGUCUAUCCUUCAUAAUCUUCGAGAUUAUGUUGGCAAUAGGUGCGGCUAUACAUGCCAUAAUAAUCUCGAGUCAUAAUGCCUUGAACGACAAGCCGUUGGGUCCCACGGACUUAUAUUUUCAUAAACUUCCACUCCCGAGGAAGCGUAUACUCUGGCCCUUGCAUAUCGGGAUACUCUGGUUCGCAAUUUGGUUGAUGGGGUCAAUUUACAUACCUGUACACAUACUUCAAUGGCUUUUCGAAGAUAUUGACGAGACGAAGGACAACGCCAGAACCACGCAACAUAGAAAUCGAGCUUCGGUGGCAAUAUAUCAAGGAUACGAAUAUAUAUAUUGUCAGAAACAAACACCUUCCUGCUAGGAAUCCCCUAGGCGACACUAUACCUUCAGCACAAGAACCGAGGGUGAAAUAUCUUGGCGAUGUGUAUGAAAAGGGG